AGAUAGAAUCAGAUAGCUCGGAUGGUGAAUUUGAAUCAUUAAUAGAACAGAUAAGGAAAGGAAGUAUAGCUCAAAACCUUAUCUUAAGCACAAAUAAAACUGUCCACCAACCAAGCACAAGAGCCAACAGAGAAAAGGCCUACUGAAACCGCAGACCUUGAAGCAGUCCUUGAUUUCUGGUGUGAGGGUCACUCAUUUUACUAGUCUGUCCAGAUGUGGAAUGGGGAUAUAGAAAAUAACAAGUCACCCUGUGAAGAUGGCCAGCCUUUGAAAGGGAAGGGAGUCAAGACACCAAGGCCAAAUGCCAUUUCACUUCAAGAAACAACUUCCAGGAUAAUGGCUUCUGCAAGAAUUCCUAGGAACAAAUUGGCCAGUUGCUCCCAGUCAGCAAAGACAGAGAAAAGGCUCCGGGUGUGCUCAGUGCCUGGCUGUUUCUUGCAAGAUCUCUCAAAUCCAGGUUCCCACUGUGUGAGGUAUUUUAAGAAAAAUAAAGAGGAGCUGGCAUGGAAACUCUACUGUCUCUAUAAUAGCACCAUCUUUGACCAGAAGUUACCAGACAAAAUGGAAAUAAUCUGGAAUAAGAAAAUGAGAAAAACAGCAGGAUAUUGUGUAACUGGGCAGACAGAAGGUCCUGAAGCAAAGCGUUACGCUAGAAUAGAACUUUCUGAGAAAGUCUGUGACUCUGCAGAUCGUGUUCGAGAUACGCUAAUUCAUGAAGCUUGUCAUGCAGCCACCUGGCUGAUCAAUGGUGUUCGCGAUGGACAUGGACGAUUCUGGAGAUACUAUGCCAGUAAAUCAGCUGUGAUUCAUCCAGAACUGCCGGUAGUAGCACGUUGCCACAGCUAUGAGAUUAAUUACAAAUUCAUCUAUGAGUGUGAUCUGUGCAAAGCUACGACUGGACGUCAUUCCAAGUCUCUGGACACAGAGCACUUUGUGUGUGCAUUCUGUGGGGGGCAGCUGGUCCUGAGUCGGCCCACUCGGAAGGGUGGCACUCCUGCUAGGACACGUCUAAUGCCCUUUGCAAAGCAUGUGGAAGAAAAGUAUGGACUUAUGAAGAGAGAGCAGCCUGGGCUGAGUCCUGCAGAAGUCGUGCAGGAACUCUGUGCUAAUUUUGCUUUAAAAACUAGGCUUAAAGAUUCCUUGUAAUAUCUAAAUACACUCCUUUUUUGAUGCUAUUUAGAUUUUGCAUGUAGUAGUAUAUAGCAUUAGUCUAAGAAUGUGUUUCGGAAUAUUCCAGAUAAUAUUUUGGCAUUAAAUACUUCUAAUAAAGGAAACCUUACAGAU